AUGUCUGCCGAGGACGGGAUUCCCCUCAGAUCGAUCAACGACGAUGAGUCUCUUGACGAGUUUUCUGACUAUGAAUCGCAGCCUCUCAAUGGAUCGCGCAACAGUCAGGCACCUGAUCGGUUUUUUAUUAUGUCUAAGCUGGCCUCAGUACCGUCUAGAGUAACUACUCACUGGACUUCUGUGAUGAAGUGUCGACAUGGCCACUGCAACGCGCACCCCGAAUCUUCCAGAGCGAUUGUCUGCCGAUACAUACAACGUCCAUUCUGGGGGCUUGUAGUACUAUUAGGACUACUGAACAUCUUCUCCAUUGGCUUGAGUUGUAUUUUCUUCCUCUUUCCCGAUGACUUCGACGAUCGGCUUGAUGCGUGGCUUCUGCCAAAUCACCGUUUAUCCACAUCGACGCAUUGGGACAGACACGGAGUCCCCCUCAGCAGAUGUCAUUCCCAUAACGACUACUGGCGCGAGGUCCCUCUCAAAUCCGCACUGCUCGCCGGUUGCAUUGGUGUCGAGGCAGAUAUCUGGUUGUCGGAUAAAGACCUACUUGUCGGUCACAACCCAUUCGUGCUUAGCCGCCACGAGACUCUGCGCACGCUGUAUCUCAAUCCAUUACUAGACAUUCUACAUCAGCGCAAUACCCGGACAAAUCUGCUGAAUUUGCCGGAUGCCUUUCACGCCAAUGUUCCAAUGGCGGGAGUCUUUGCCUCUGAUCCUGCUCAGACUUUGGCCUUACUCAUUGAUUUCAAGACGGACGGCGACAAGCUAUGGCCGUAUGUGAUGGAACAGCUAGAACCUCUGCGUGAGGCAGGCUAUCUGACAUACUACAACGGGACCCAUCUCAACGAAAGACCCAUCACCGUUGUUGCUUCGGGCAACGCACCCAUGCAUCGAGUAAUAGGAAAUGAUACCUACCGCGACAUUUUCUACGAUGCCCCAUUAGAUAGGCUGACUCUGUCGCCAAUACCCAGUCAGGACCCUCUAUCCCCAGACUACGAUUUCUCCAACAGCUACUAUGCCUCCGUGAACUUUGGACGGGCGAUUGGCAGUCUCCAUUGGAAUCGGUUUUCGCAAGAUCAAUUGAUGUUGAUUCGUGCGCAGAUCGAGGCGGCGCAUAGGCGUGGUCUCAAGGUUCGCUACUGGGGCACGCCAACUUGGCCGAGAGGGUUGCGCAAUCAUGUAUGGCAUGUGUUAGUACGCGAAGGUGUGGAUCUCAUCAACGUGGAUGAUUUGAGAGAGGGGACAAGACAGGAUUGGCGCAAGCAUCGAAGUUGGCUUCUCUAA